CCUUCACUGGUCAGGCAGUAACCCGGAGUUCACUCAAAGGUGGCUCGGUGUGGAGAUCUGCUGUCAGCGGGGUACUCGUCAUUGUGAAAAGUCGCGGUUUCGAUCCGCGCUGGCGUCUGAACACUCGACAUUUACAAGAUCCGCCUUUAUCUCUCGGACGGAUCUGUCAGUUUGCAGGCUGUGGUCGCCGCUCCAGCUGCUGAGAGCCGGGUGCUGAGAAGAGACCGCAUCUCCGGUCUGCGUCCCCCCACCCCCCCAACUCUCUCUUUAUGCCUCACCGGCACCAGCUGCUCUCAUUCACCGGUCCAGCUGCUCACUCUCCACAUGGCCAUCCGAACCGUUCUGGCCUCACUGAUAGAGCUGGCUGUCCUUUCGGCAGUUUCCAGUAAUUCGGUGACACAGCUCCCCAGCAACGAGACCCUCAAGGAGGGAGAAACGAUGAAGUUCUUCUGCGCUUUCAGGUUCGUGCGGAAGGAUUCCAACGUCCAGGUGCGCUGGUGGAAAGACGGCGAGAGCUCCUUCCUCGAUCCGAACAGUGACCGUCGGUUCAGCUUUAAAAAACGGAAUUAUUACAGCUCAGCUUUUGACCUUCAGAAUGUGAGCGCCUCCGACUCCGGCCGGUAUUUCUGCGGUGUUAGAUAUGAAAGCAAAUGGUACAACGGGACCGGCACGACGCUUGUAGUACUCGGUGAGUGCACAGAACGCCCGCUACACAGAGCACCUGCUCCCCUGAACCUGCCGCAGAUUACCUCCACGCCGGUUCCGAAAGGCUCUUCGGCGAUCCUGAGGCUUGUCUGUUCGGUUGCCAGAUCGCAGUCCCGGGAGCUGGUCUUUGCAUGGCUGGUGAAUAACAAGGAGGUUAGAAGCGGCGCCGAGCCACACGUGGAGCCGUUGCAGGGAUCUCUCUUCCGAAUCUCCAGCUCAUAUGAGGUUGUGGGUCAAGCCAGGAACGCGACAGUGUACACCUGCCAAGUCACCUAUCCCGGCAAUAAGGUUCUAAAGCAAAAUUACACGUACAUUUCCGGCGCUGCAGCGAGACAAGCAGCUGGUUUCCCCUGGUGGAUCUACGUCUGUUUGGCGUCUGCAGUCUUCAUUCUGCUCCUCCUCGUUACAGUCAUAUGUUUAGUAUGCAAGCGCAAAAGAAGAAGAGAUGAAUACAGAAGUGUUCCUAAAGAGAUGCAUAUGCAGAUACAGCCUGGUCAAAGGAUGGCUCCCAGAGGUUACGCAAAAGGCACAGUGCCCAACGUGUACCAGAAACCACGAUGCCCCCAUGUCCCCCCAAGAAGGCAGAAGGGAUAUGGCAAGGCUAUUUAUGCUGCUCCACAAUUCAAACAGCGAUAGAGCUGCAGAAAGAGCCAUCGGAACAAUGGAAACUCGGAACAGCUUUGGACCACAUACGACAAUAAGGUUCUUCUCCAUUCCUUGUUGGUCCAAAGAUUUAAAUAUCAAAUAUAUAUUAACAACUCUUUUAGAUGUUGCAAUCUCUUCAGCAUAUUUUCCUAAUGUCUUCCUGCAUGUUAAAAGUGAGACCAUAUUCAUAGAAGCAGAAUGAGGCCAUUCUGCCCAUCAGGUCCACUCCACCAUUCCAUCAUGGCUGAUUUAUUAUCCCCCUAAAUCCCAUUCUCCUGCUUUCUCCCUGUAACCUUUUACACCCCAACUAAUCUAGAAGCUUUCAACCUCCACUUUAAAUAUACUCGAUGUCUUGGCCUGCACAGUUGCCUCUGGCAAUGAAUUCCACAGAUUUACUACCCUUUGGCUGAAGAAAUUCCUCCUCAUCUGUUCUAAAUGGAUAUCCCUCAAUUCUGAGGCUGUGCCCUCUGGUCCUAGACUCCCCACAAGAGAAAGCAUCCUCUCCAUGUCCACUCUAUCUAGGCAUUUUUAGUAAUCAGUCAAUAGGUUUUAAUGAGCAAGUAUCAGCCCAGAGCCAUAAAAUACCCCUCAUAUUAUAGGCAUUUCAUUCCCAAAAUCAUUUUUCUGAACCUUCUCUGCACCUUAUCCAAUGCCAGCACAUAAGGGUCCCAAAAUUGCUCAGAAUAUUCCAAGUGUGGUAUGACCAGUGCCUUAAAAAGCCUCAGCAUUACAUCCUUGGGGUUCUAUUCUAAUCAUCUCGAAAUGAAUGCUAACAUCGCCUUGCCUUCCGUACCACCGAUUCAACCUGCAAGUUAACCUUUAGGAAAUCCUGCAUGAAGACUCCCAAGUCCCUUUGCACCUCCGAUUUUUGAUUUUCUUCGUUUACAAAAUGGACUACUCCUUUCCGCCUUCUAAUAAAGUGCAUGAUCAUACACUUCCCUAUACUAUAUUUCACUGGCCACUUCUUUGUCCAUUCUCUCAACCUAAAUCUUUCUGCAAACUUCCUGCUUCCUCAAAACUAACCGCCCUUCCACCUAUCUUUGAAUUGUCUGCAGAUUUGGCCACAAAGCCAUCAAUUCCAUCAUCCAAAUCAUUGACAUACAGUAUUAAAAGAUGUGGGCCCAACACAGAGUCACCGGCAGCCAAGCAGAAAAGGCCUUCUUUAUUCCCCCUGCCUCCUGCCAGUCAGCCAAACUUCUAUCUGUGCCAGAAACUAGGAGAUAAUGUGAUGCAACUUGUGUUUGUGACAAUAGCCUCACUAAAACUCCUAGCACGCUAUAAAGUGGGCUAGUUGUAAAUUACAAAUAGCCCGACCCAAGUCUCUAGCACCCUUGCUCUGAUGAUAGAGAAAUACUGCAUCAUAACUUAUGGGACCAUUUUCCUUAGCUGUGUAAAAAUAAGUGGUAAAUAUAAAUCAGAGAUUGGAUUGUGUUUGGGAAAAUUAGGAAGAGGACAAGUGGUGGCCAGUAAUAAAAGGAAAUGUAUUCUGGACAUGAAGGAGCAUUUUGUAUAGUCUCAGUAGUGCAAAGAGUUGCAAGUGCUGAGUAACAGACAGGUUACUGUAUGCACCAAUCUAUAACCUAUAACUAUGCAGAUCCCAUUAUAGGGCUUUUAAGGCAAAGACGCUCUGAGUUUAGUUCAAACAAUGUAUUAGCUGGAUUUGGUAUUUUUUUGGCAGAAGAUCCAACCAAGAUAAUGUUGUGAAUAUAGUGACCGAUCAAAUUUAGACAGCAGCUUCUUUAUAGAGAGCUCAGCAUCAAUGGUGGAAUAGGAACAUUUUGUCUGGAUCAAUCAGCUUGCAGUUUGAAAGUAAAGCAAACAGCAAGUCCAAACGUACCCUGAUAAAACAUCAAAUUAAUCAAGAGCUUAAAUUUAAUCUGGAGAAAUGUGACUGCAUUGCACUGAAAAACACAUUACUGUUACAUAAGAAAUGCACAGGUAUGUUUCUGAAAUCCAUGUAAAAGUGAUUUAUAAGACAUACCAUGGUGAAUCAGCUCUAUAACUGGCUGUUCGUAGAACUGUAGAACGGUAGAGGAACAGAUCCUUUGGGCCAUGAUGUUUAUGCCAACCUUGGUGCCAAAUUAAACAAAUUACACACCAUCGAAACCUCUUGGAGUGGUUACACAUGUAUAGCUGUAAGAGUGAGAUAGCAAGUUGGUCCCACUCCUUUUCCUGUUUGUGCAAUAAAUUGCACUUAUUACUACACUGGAGGCUACUCUGCCCACUAGGAUUAUGCUAGGUCUAAGCACAGCAAUCCAUUGGAAUCAUUCUUCCUUUUACUGAUGGUCUCUGAUACAACAACUCCUUUAAUUUAAUCAAGGCCCCGUUAAUUUGAAUUGGAAGUUUAAUUCCUGAUAAUUAAAAUUAAUCUCCAUACCUCAGGUUUUUAAAUAUGUUGUUGAGAAGUUGUCUAUUUUCUGAUAUAGGAUUCCUUUACAUAGCAGAGCAAUAGAUAUCUAAUCAUUCAUUUUCUAACGCUUCAUUGUUUUCUAGUGGUCAUAGGCUCGUAAAAUGUGCACAUUACCUCAAUAUCAGGAGCUAUAUGGAGUUUUCAUCAGUGUAUUGAUUGUGCAGGAUCAAUUCAGCCUCAAAGACUUGUAUUCAUUCUCUUCUCCCGAAUUCUGCCAAAACUCUAAAUUCGCAAUUUGAGAUUAAUUUCAAACAAUAUAAGAAUUCCUAAAAAGCCAUACAAGAUGGAAUGGAUGGUGGUAUUUGUUAACAAAAUGGUGAAUGAGGCAAUUCAUUGGAUAAUUCCCAGUAACUCCCAUGAAACAAUAUGAUGAGCACCAUCUGCACAUAGUCAGUACUGUGGUGUAAAAACUGUUAAUUGUGGACAACGUACUGUGUUAGGGAGCAGUUAACAAUCUUGCUUAUGAUACAACCAUAAGCUCUGCACUAUGAGGGACGCAUUCCUGAAGAGGAAGUACAAACAUGACUUAUAGGCCUUGGACUGGUUUAGGCAAUAUAUGUGCUCAAAGAGAAAUUGGUCUAUUCUCUUUGGAAUUUCCUGGCAGCCAGCACAGAAGUUACAGCAAUGUUCAGCAAUAGAAAAACAAACAAGUAAUAUUUUAGUUUCAACAUUGUUAGUGUGGAGAGUUAAAUUUAAUCAGAUAAUAGAUCAAAGCAUGUUAGUUCAAUAAGACUUACAACAACUAUACAGCACAAUGUGCAGAUUAGAAAACAUUUCUCCACGUCUUUGACUUUAUUGUUAAAAGAAAGGUCUUUGCGUCUUUAGUUAGAGUUACUUCAACAUAACUUUAGGUCUAGACUCAAGCGUUUAAACAUCAGAAAUGUUCAAUUAUUUUUUUAAAAGGCUUUUUCGGCUUAUGUUUUAUUGCUAUAUUAAAAUUAAAAUAAUUGAUCAAAGGCUCUUUGGUAUUACAAUGUCUUAAAACAUUCAAACUUUAAGUAUUGUUGAUACAUUUUGCACGUGAGUGGCGUCAGGCACAGGAGUCCCUGCUCUUCAGCUCACUGCAACAAGGGAAUAGACCUCCUGCAUCAGGAGGGUAACCGUCCUUUACACCCCUCCCCCUCCCCACUGCAACACUGAAAAUAAAGAUUCACAAUGAGAUUCUGGUGAAAAUGGACCAUUUCCUUGUAAUUUGGGAGACCAUUCAGGAUGAAAGUGGACACUGAUGAUGAAAAUCAGCAGCUUUCAAUGCACCAGUACACCUUUCAGCUGACUGAUGAAACGGGUAUUCAAAGAUCAAGACCUCAGACGUGGGCAGAGAACUCGCAGCAGCAGUAACCCUUGCUUUGCCGCGUGCUCCGAAACCUGGUCUACCUACAGCAGGCUCCUCAAGGAACUGGGAAAAUAACACAAUUACUGUCUCUGAAAGACCCUUCAAGUUCACAGGAAAGAUUAGUGAAACAGCAUCAAAGUACUGAGGUCCUAGUAACACUCUGAACUGUAUCAGAUCCAUUGUGAGUACGUGGCAGGUGCACAUCGCCCAGUGAAUCAACUGGGCCUCCCACAAGCAGAAGCCUUUAUUUUGCAUGGGGUUUUGAGUGUGCACGUCUUUCGCCUUGGUGAGGCCCGGCUUGUCACUCCCACACUGAAAGUUGCCCAGUGUGUACCGUGGCUAAAAUGACUCAGUGAAAACGUUUAAUCAUACUACUCAGUUAUGGCUCUUGUUCCGCACAUACAUAACAAGCUCAAUUGGGCAGGUCACAGCAACUGCAUGCCUAACACCAGACUCCAGAACAAGCGCUUUAAGCUUCUUCAAGGGAAGAGAUCCCCAGAUAGAGAGAAGGGACAGUCCCAAGCUUUGCUCGAAGAAAUGUAAUAUUGCCACAGACUCCUUUGCCGCAUGACUGCUCGAAGUGGAGCAGCAGCAUAAUACGGAGAACUUCGAGGCUACGCAUCAGGAGCAUCGGUAGCCCUGCCUCAUCAGCAGUAGGAAUAUAUUAGCUCAAAGACUAUCCUUUGCCUCACCAGCUACCUCCAGCUUCAAGUCUGGCAGUCUCCCAUUGCAUAUCGGCCUCAGUCCCCUCAGAGGUCACAAAAGCCGAGUGGAGCAAGACACUUCAAUCCCUAGGGACUGCCUAAAAAAUAUGAUUUACAUUUAUGUCCUUUGGUUUGCAGCAACAUCCACCUGCCAAUACAACACGAUGAGUGAGAGCCAAUUUAAAAGAAGGAUUUUAAAAUGGAACUGCAAUACCCUCCCUCUUGCACGGCAGCACACUGGCUGUUAGACUGGGGUUAGAUUCCUGUUGCUGUCCAUAAGAAGUUUUGCUCAUUCUUCCCAUGACUGUGUGCACUUCCCCGAGUGCUCUGGUUUUCUCCCACAUUCUAAGAACACUUGGGAUUAACGGGGUGUGGCAUGCUGUGAGUGUGGUGACAUUUGCGGGCUUCACUGAUUUGGUUUGAUCUGCUUGAUUCGAUAUGUGCACACUGACACAGAAAAUUCACUGUAUGCUUCAAUGUGCAUGUGACAAA